GCAGCCAAUCGGGUUCUUCUGCAGGAGCAAAGGCAGGACUUCCGGUACAGUACAGCAAAUUUUUCGACAUGGCGGCUAUGUAGCUCACUGGAGUGUGUGGGGCAAACAGCGUAGAAGUACAACUAGUUUAGUUUUAUUUCAGUAGUAAGUAGUGUAUUCUGCACGUGUCGGUGUCUAUAACCUGCAGACUGCUGGAAAUGAAGGGAAAGGAGCGGUCGCCGGUGAAGAAACGCCCCCGGGUGCUAGACGAUAGCAGAGACCGAGGAGGAAGCCACCCGAGCGGCAAGAAGACUGGAGUACUGACGACGGCUGGAAGUAACAACGGGAACGGCUCGGCUCAGAGCGGCGCCUCAUCCAGACGGAGUUUGAACAGUGAGAAAAGAGACAUGAGGGACUCAGACGGACACAACUCAUCCAGUCGGAUCGGUGGAAGUUUCGACUACGGAGUUAUCCCGGGGAACAAGCCGUACGGUGGCGCUGACAUUUCCGCAGAAACAUCCAGGUCCGGUUCACGAGGCGACCAACGGCCACCGUCAAACCCCGAGAGUGAGUACAAAACUCUGAAAAUAAGUGAGCUGGGCUCUCAACUGAGCGACGAGGAGAUAGAGGACGGACUGUUCCACGAGUUCAAGAGGUUUGGGGACGUGAGUGUGAGAAUAAGUCGAGACAACGACGAGAAGGUGGCGUUUGUGAACUUUAGGAGGCCCGAGGACGCCCGGGCGGCUAAACACGCCCGCGGCAGGCUGGUGCUUUACGACCGGCCUCUGAAAAUCGAGACAGUUUACAUGAACAGACGCAGAAGUCGCUCCCCUGUUUCCAAAGACACUUUCCCCUCAGGACAGAGGCAUCUUCACUCCCAGAGACAGCUGUCCCCCACUGGUAUGGGGUACAGAGACUACCGGCUACAGCAGCUGGCUCUGGGCCGUCUCCCAGCUCCACCUCCUCCUCCUCCUCCCCCCCCUCCUCCUCCUCACUUAAGAGAUCUGGAAAGAGACAGAGAUUUUUCAGUGUAUGAUGCGAGGAAUAGACCCCCGUUCAUCCCCGAAUGUGCUGUUUACCGCGAGGAGGAAGUAUUGAAUCCAGAGGACGACCAGAGGGCGAACAGGACUUUGUUUCUUGGUAAUCUGGACGUCAGUGUGACAGAAAGCGACCUGAGGAGGGCGUUUGACAGGUUUGGUGUGAUAACAGAGGUGGACAUAAAGCGAGCUGCAAGAGGCCAGAGCAACACUUAUGGAUUUAUCAAGUUUGAAAAUCUUGACAUGGCUCAUCGUGCCAAAGUAGCAAUGGCAGGGAAAGUGGUGGGCCACAGCCCAAUCAAAAUUGGCUAUGGUAAACCUACACCCACUACAAGACUGUGGGUGGGGGGCCUUGGACCUUGGGUACCGCUUGCUGCACUGGCUAAGGAGUUUGACCGCUUUGGCACCAUCAGGACAAUAGACUACAGAAAAGGAGACGUGUGGGCUUACAUCCAAUAUGAAAGUUUGGAUGCUGCUCAAGCUGCAUAUACCCAUAUGAGGGGAUUCCCCCUAGGGGGGCCUGAUAGGAGACUCAGGGUGGACUUUGCAGACACAGAGCACCGCUACCAGCAGCAGUAUGUGCAGCUUCCCCUCCCUCUGCCCCACUAUGACAUAGUUCCUGAACCCUUUGCUCACCGUUUUACUGACCCGGUGAGAGUCAGGGAGAGGUCUCCUCCUCUUUCUGCCCGAUUUAGAGACAGGGAUCUGUACUCUGGGGCUGAAUGGUCCAACCUUGGUGUUCAUGACAGGAUCCGAGUGCCUGGGUUUGACCAGUUAGAUCGACUGGAGAGGCGUUCUGGUGAGACAUGGCCAAUCGAGCGAGAACGCGAGUUGCAAAGCAGAGACUUAAAUCGCAAAAGGAGAAAUGUAGAUGGUUUCCGGGCAGAUCCUUCCCCUGAUAUCAGUGACUUUGGUCUGCGUCGUCAUGGCAACUCAUUAGAACGCAGUCCUGGAGGGAGCAGCAGAGAUGGGGGACGCUACAGUGACCCUGAACGUAUGCCUCGCUCCAGCAGAACCACUCCCAUCAAAGAGCGACAAGACACAGUUUUUGGGGACAGGAGAAAAAGAACAUUCAGCCCAUCUGAACCAGGCUCCUGCUCUGAGAAGGAGCGCAAACGCAAAGCCAUGGAGUCCUCCAAGAGUCCAGCAAAAAAGGAGGAUUGCUCUGGGAACCCUCUAUCCUCCUCUUCCUCCAAGCCUGGUCAGCAGUCUAAGACAGCAGCCCGGGGCCAGAAACUGAGUCAGGUCUGGCAGGGUGUCCUCCUGCUGAAAAACAGCAGCUUUCCUACGUCUCUGCAUCUGCUGGAGGGGGACUUCUCCGUCGCAAGCAGCCUGCUGGCUGGUUGCUCCACCCCGGGUCAAGUGUCCCAGCUGAAGAUCAGCCAGCGUCUACGCCUGGACCAGCCCAAGCUGGAUGAAGUGUCUCGUCGCAUCAAGGCCUCCGGCCCGAGCGGAUACUCGGUCCUCCUGGCUGUACCGGGGCAAUCUGAAGAUGGAGGCAUCCAAGAGGUCAACAACUCGACAGAGAGGCCACUGAAGAACCUGGUGUCCUACCUGAAGCAGAAGGAGGCUGCCGGCAUCAUCAGCCUCCCUGGAGCCAAGGACCACGGAGGAGUCCUUCAUGCUUUCCCCCCAUGUGAGUUCUCACAGCAGUUCUUGGAUGCUGCUGCCAAAGAGUUUGCCAAAUCAGAAGACGACUACAUGUUGAUGGUCAUUAUCAGAGGAGCAUCAUGAGAAAAGGGCAAAUCAAAAUGUUUCUUUUACAUUCAUGAACUAUUGAACUGUGAGCUGUAAAAACAGAUGCCACGGUCACAGUCGUGGCUUGUAUCUCAUCCUGUUGAAGGUUUAUAGAAAAUAAGUCACAUUAAAUUGAUACAUUUUGAUAGAGUAAUGAAAUUAAUUAUUAUUAAAGGUGACAUGCUGCCUUUUGCUAUUUAGUUAUCAGAUUAAUGUACAUCAUCUUAAAGGUACACUGCUAAAAGCAUUCAGAGCAGUUCUGUGAAUUAAUUCUAUAAGUUGCCUUAUCUCAUCGAAAAGAAACACAAGUCCUCUAUGUCAUUUCAUAUAAUGCUUUCCAAUAACAAAGAGAGAAUUUAAGAUUCAAAACAAAGUAUUGAGCCUUUUUAUUAUUUGUCCUCAGCACAGAUAGAACUGGUCAGUGUCAACAGGUUUGUAGUAUUGUGAUGUUUGUGCACUCAGCCUAUGAAAGAAUCAAGUCAAGGUCGUAUACAUGGUGUUUUACCCCGAUUAAGGAAAUAUGUUUUUGUUCUGAAAUAACUCUUCAAUACUUCAGAUGUGUAUCUGUGUCACCUAUUUGUUGAACAAGUAUAAAUUCUGAAUACUUCCUAAUUCAAGCGUCAUUAUAACUGCUCUUUUCUUAAGUUAUGGCCAGUAAAUGCUUGAAGCUGCAAAAAAAAAAAAAUAGAAAAAAGCUAACUGAUAAAAUAAAAUCAAAACCAUAAAUAUGAAUGCUUCUUUCUGAGCCAUGUCACAGGUUAAGUGACAUAAGGUGAAAUGAGUGGGACUUUUCAGUACUGGUACAUGUUUUUAAAGGUGGACUUAAGCAGCAGGCACCUGUUUAUCAUAAAUCAAUUCAAUACAACACCCUCAUAACUAAAGGCUAUAUUUUAUUAUAUAUGUGGAUAAUUUGAAGAGAGUUAAACCUGUGUUUGUUUCUAAAUGGGAGGUGUUUUAUUGAACAGCAGAUUGGACUAAGGUAAUAUUUAGGGCUCCAUAUAAAGUUUUUUUUCUCAUGCUUUUGAGUAAUCAAGUAUUUGAGCCAUUAAGCUUAAAAAAAAUUAAUGGGCACCUUUGAAUUGCCUUUCAAGGGAAGACCAAUUGCACCAAAUCCAAAGAUGCACCAUUCCCAAUGAUGUUAAAGAAAGAGUAGAACUUGACACGCUUGAAAAAUUGAAACAUCCAGUUCCUACAGUUUAGCUUGAAAACAGCCUAAGCUCUAAAUAUUGCCUUUAUUUUGACAAAGCUAAAUGUUAAAGUCUGUGCAAAGCUACUUGGUAUUAUUAGUCUGUUGUUUUGAAUGCUAUAUAUAAUGUAGAGUUGCUUUUGUGUCCACCCCCUUUUAUAUCUUACUGUUAUCGGCGUCAAAUUCGGUAUGGUUAACAGUAAUUUGUUGAUUAAAUACUACACCUUCUUAAAGUCACAGAGUACAAUGACUACCCCAACAAAGCAUGAACUAUCGUUAUGAGAAAAGAAGAUGUACCUUACAAAUUCAGAGCUAUAUGUCAAAUAAUUGAUCAGGAGUGUAUAAAUGGAAAAAACUUGCUAUGCUUUCAGUGGACUUGAAGGAUUGAAAACCUCUGAAUGAUUAGAGGAGAGACCUCCAGUGGCCUUAAACGCCUUCCUCUGAGUGGACUGUUAAUGAUUGUUUUUCAUGAUUUGAUUUCUGUGUUUCAAAUGGAAAGAGAAAAUAUUUGUGCUGUAUACUCAGGAUAUCUGGAGGGAGAAAUGAAGAACAUCAGUGCUCAUGGGCCUAAGAAGUAAACCUGUCAAAAAAAAAACACAAAGUGCAAAAUGCACUUGAUUUUGUCUCAAUAAAUUUACUCUUUCGUGGGAAACACAAGUGCCUCGGAAGACAA